AUGGGUCUCUCAAAUUUGCCGAAUCGUGGUGGAAUGGGUGUGACGAUUGUCUUGUCAAUUGUAUUGGGAAUGAUGGGUCAUGGAUGGAUUUCCUCUUUCCCUCUCCUUUCACUUAUCAUCUAUCAAAGUUUGAAGAGGGAAAAGACAAAACAGGAAACGGCCGACGCCUUUUUCAUGGAUUUUCGCGUUGGCGGCCAUCGAGGAUCGCCGACAAUUUUCCCUGAAAACAGCAUGGCAAGCUUUGAACAGGCCAAAGAAGAUGGAGUCGAUCUGAUCGAAUUCGACGUGGCGAUGACAAAAGACGGAUAUGCGGUCAUUUUACACGAUGAUGACCUUGAUCGAACCACGAACAUGAAGGGUCCAAUUCGAGAGAGAAAUCUCAGCGAGUUGAAGGAUUGCAAUAUCGCUGCGCAUUUCAAAAGAAGCGGCCCCGGCUCGUCUCCAAUCAAAGCCGAGGGUCUUCCAUCGCUCGAAUCACUCGUUUCGUGGUCGGCGAAGAACAAAAUGAAGAUGUUGUUUGAUGUGAAAGAUUACGAUCCGGAGCUCACCCAAAUCAUCGUCGAGCUGUUCUCCAAAUAUGAUCUCUAUCAGAACUCGAUUGUUUGCUCCUUUUUCCCGUGGGUUGUCUAUCGAGUGAAACGAGCUGACUCCCGAAUUCUUACUGGAUUAACCUGGAGAAACAAAUUCUUCUCGUAUAAAGACGAGGAAAUGUUGAAUCGUCGUUUCGAUUCGUUCCCUAAACAUUACACGGCACUUCUUCUCGAUUAUAUCUAUCAAUUGUCAAUCAAGACAUUUCUCCCAUCAUUUCUCGGAGUCGAACUGCUUCUCACAAACAACCACGAGAUUUCAGUUGGUUACGUGCUGCGGCAACGAGCCAAGGGAUUGGAAGUGGUUGCGUGGACGGUGAAUGAUGUGAAUGAAAUGCAUUGGAUGCUCGAGACACUGAAGAUUCCAAUCCUCACCGAUCUUCCCUAUCACAUCAAAACAUUAGCUCAUUUGCGCAAAUUUGGACAGGAAAAUGGAUACGUUGAAAAUGUGGUCGCUGCU